GGAGGUUGACGUCCGCCAACAACCCACAGAGAAGAAGAUUUCAACUACUGCAGUUGGCUAACGCGAACAGUGUGAAUGACACACGUAGGAUAUGAAGGAACUACAAACAGUCGAAUCUCACCUUAUCGAGAUUGAAUGUGUUGUGUUGUGCUGUAACCGUGAGAUUAACUUUACUUCCUUAAUAAAAGACCCAAUGAUGGAGGUCAUGGUGAAGGUAGAAGAUGCCCAAGAGGAUGACGAAUCUGCUUUUCUCUCGCUGAGCUGUGGUUACAGUGACGCAAAACGAACCAGUCUGGAAGACAUAGUGAAGGUAGAAGACGCUCGAGAGGAUAAAGAAUCUGCCUUUCUCUCGAUGAGCUGUGGUUACAGUGACUUAAAACGAACCAGUCUGGAAGUCAUAGUGAAGGAAGAGGAUGUUUCAGAAGAUGAAGACACCACACUACCUAGCUACAGCGGAUCAUCUAAACAGGUGGCUAUGGUGAAAGCAGAGGAUGCUCAAGAACACGAACGUCUGGGUUGUCCUCCGCAAGUUGCAGACAGAGGAGAAAUCUCCUCAAGAGCUGGUUCUACACUGGAGCUGAAUAACAGCCUGUCUGGCUGGAGGGAAACGGAGCAGAAGCGCAAUCAAGCAACUGUAUUGGGGAUGGACUGCAGCGCAGGAGAGAGAUUGCUUCCUGUCCUGUGGGACCAGCGUGAAGUCUGCAUCAACAAGGCACAACCAAGGAAGCCAAAUCUCAUGGAGAAGCUGCGGGAGAAAUCGAAACAAAAGGCGAAGAACUCCCCUGACGAGGAGGAGAACGUUCAUCUGUCCCCGCCGUUCGGUAACAAGAACGCCACCAAGCACACCAGACUGAUCGAGUUCGGAUGGAUGCACAAUCGGAAACAAGUGCGCAGCAGAAAUGGCGGCGGAACGAGGAAGCUGAUAGUUCCAAAGAACGCCGGCUACGACGACCUCUUUAGGCUGGGCAAGGAACUGUUCUUCCCCAGCGGUUCGUCGACAAAAGGCCCCGAGAGGGAUUUUAUUUUUAACAUCCGGGACUACGGGGGGAGCGAGAUGCCCCGCAGCGCCUCGGUGGGGGCCUUGUACGAGCCCCUGAAGCACGGAAUGCUGAGGCUGUACUUGUGCUCGAUCGAUCGCGGGGAAUCCGAACCGGAAUCGGAAUUCAGAUGCGAGUCCGAAUCGGAAUCCUGCAGCUCUGAGACCGUGUCGAGCCCUGCCAAGCCACUGGGACAGGCCAGCUGUUAUGGGGAGCCUUGCUCAUCAUUGGACUUUAGCUCCAACAAUUUUGCUCACGAGGUUCUUAAUUAUUCCCAAGAAUCGUACCACUUUGCGGUCGAAGCUUCACCAUCUUUUAAACCCAGACAACAUGCACCGUUAAACUCGAACUCCAGCGAUUCUCCUCGCGAGCAUCUCAACGGUUUUCAGGAAUCCUACCACUCUGUGUUUGAAGCUCCACCACUUUAUAAUCUCGGCACAGCCACGCCCCCUCCGACACCGAAGAGGGCUCGGUGGGAUGCAGAUCAACGCGCCGCUCAGAAAACUCUUAGACUGCGUCGCGUAAACAUCACUCACGAAAUGAUCGAGCAGUUCCAAGACCCAGACAUAGUGGAUGCCUCUGUGUCCGUGAGCUUCGUAGAAGAAUCUGGCAUCGACACGUCAGGCCCGGCCCAGGAAGGGUACUCCGGGUUCUGGGAGGCGUUCUUGCAGGCCGACGUGAGUGACGGUGCGGAGCGGGUUCCAGUUCUGCAGCCCGACUAUGGGAAGGCAGAGUGGGAAGCCGUGGGGCGGAUCCUGCUGAAGGGGUACCAGGAUCACGGCUACUUCCCCACUCAGCUGGCUCCGCCGUUUACUGUCUGUCUUAUUCACGGAGAGGAGAAGGUGACGCCAGAAAUGCUGAUGAAGUCUUUCUUGAGGUUCGCCACCCCAGCUGAGAGGAACAUUCUUUCCUCAGCCUUGGAAGGAGGGCAGUAUGAGAUGGCCGACCUGCUCGACAUUCUCCACAGGAUGCGUGUGCACUCCUUGCCAGAAGGGGGCACCAUUGAGGACAUAAUCGUACGCAUGGCUCAUACACAGCUGAUCCAGGAGCCCAUGUACGCACUGCUCAGGAUGGCCAACACAGCCCAGGGUGGCCUCAGACUUCUACUACCUACUGUGUCGGCAGUAACAGCACUUUAUGAAACAUAACGUCCCAACGCCACACACACACACACACACACACACACACACACACACACACACACACACGGCCCAGACUGCUCACAAAUGCCUUGUGAGGUGGCUGGAAUUUAUAAAACAUAGCCUCCCAGCAUCACACACACACACACACA